GAAAAUUUGGAAAAGGGCUUGGUCUUUAGAUUCCAAUAUCAUGAAGAUUGGUGUAUCUGUUGUGAGUAGGUGUUGUAUGUCUUGUAAGGAUUUGGAGAAUGAAACUCAUUUGAAUGUGUUUAUGCCAGAGCUGUAUGGGAUAAAUUUGCUCGGAUUGUUUGUUUCAACUUAUCCAUAGAGCGACUCCUUUGGUAAGGUUUUUGCGUUUAUGUAGAAUUUUUAAAAGGAAGUCUCUAAGUCAUGAGAUUAUGCGAAGUGUUGCCUUGGUUUUGUUUUGGCAAAUUUGGAAGGAAAGAUGCAGAAGGGUUUCUGGGGAGGGGUCUGUGCAUUGUUAUGCCAUUUUUAUGAAGAUUCACAACAUUCUUCGUUAUCAAGUGAGGAAUAUAAAGCUGACAGUACAAGAUGAUGGUCUUGGUAAAUCAAUUUUAAAGUCUUUGCAAAUUGUGGCUUCUGUUUCUAUUUGGUUUAGAUGUGUUUGGGUAAAAUGGACAGCUCCUUCUGUUGGUAUUAUGAAACUGAACACUGAUGGGGAUGCUAAGAAUAAUUCGGGAAUAGCUGGGGGUGGUGCUGUUUUGAGGAAUGAUAAAAGAAAUGUGGUUUUAGCUAGCUCUUUCUUCUACAAUGAAUGUUCAAACAAGGCGGCUGAGUUCAGGGCAUUGUAUGAUGGUCUUCAUUUGAUAUGGCAGUAUGAUUUGUCAUGUUACAGAUUUGUUAUUGAAUGUGAUUCGCUGGUGCUUGUGAAUUCUAUUCUGGGUUUGUGUGCAUGUCCCUGACCUUUUCUGGAUAUUCUAAGGUAGAUUAGAGAAAUGUUAAGGAGUUUGGAGUAUGACUUGGUUCAUAUUUUUCGAGAAGCUAAUAAUGUUGAUUGUUUGGCUAAUCAAGUUGUAUUAAUUAGAAGAACUACUGAUUAUUCAACUGAUUUAAGAUUAUCUUGUGAAGUGAAGUUGACUUUGGCUCAAGACUUCCGGGGUUUGCUUUUUUUACGGUAGAGAAGGGAGGUAGUGCUUGAUGACAAGAGUUAAUGGUUGGAUGUAUGGUGUCUGAAACAUGGUAUAUAGGAUGGAAUUAGUAGUCUGUUAGAUUUUUUGGAUGUGCUUUGCUUUGCUUGUUUGCCGCUUUGGUCUAGAGGGAGCUUUUGGAAGGAGUUGUUUAGUUGUUUUGGUUAUUGUACAUCUUUUGUUAGUUUUGAAUAGGCUAUGCCUUACUUGCUUCUUGUAAUUCUGUUGGU